AUGGACGUGGCCGCUUGUAGUCCACAAAAAGCAGAAGGUCUAUGGUGGGACGACUGUGGAAUGGUGCUGCAAGCCGGAAACACAGUCUAUCGUCUCUCACGCAACUUUCUGGCAAUGCAUUCUCCAGUUUUCCGCGACAUGCUGCUCCUCCCACUACCGGAGGAUGCGGAGACAUUCGAGGGCUGCUCACUUGUUCGUCUCACGGACACGGCUGAAGAUGCAACAAAUUUCUUCAACGCUCUGGCGCGCUAUGACUUCUUCCCACCCCACCCAUUGCCCACGACCUUUCCUAUACUGGCGAGUGUCCUGCGAAUGAGCGACAAAUACGGAGUAGACGGUCUGCGGGCCCGAGCUUUGGCCCAUCUCUCCGCGGUCCACCCCACCACGCUCGGUGAUUUCAGAGCUCUGCCUUCUGGAAAGGGCGAGAAUCCACUCAUCGACGGCCUCUACCAAGCCAGUGCCGAAAUGGUUGUGCUCGCCCGCCAGCUAUCGCUCGACUGGCUGCUCCCAAUUGCUUUCUACCGGCUGUGCGAACUGAAUCCCCAUCCGCACAUUUUCACGUCGGAGCUGGCGCUCGCCGAUAAGGAACGCUGGCUGACUGGUUUGCGGCUGCUCGAAGGAACGGAAAAUAGCAAGAUGAUCAACUUCCUCUGGACGCCGCGGACGAUUGACGGGUGCACCUCCAAGAUAAAGUGCUCAGAGGAGCGGCUGGCUUGUCGGAAGGAGGCGGAGACCUGGGGAAUAAUUGGCUCCAAGACUGCGAUGCGCCAACUUCCGUUGGACCUGUGGGACCAUGGCGAUUGGGCAAGGCUGGCGGUCUGCAAUAAUUGUCUUGCGACGAUGAUGGCAGAGCAUUCCGUCGCACUCUCCUCAUUCUGGGACAGGCUGCCGGCGAUAUUUGAUUUGCCAAGCUGGUCUGCGCUUGAGCAAAGAAAGCUUAGUUGCUGUCCGACCGUGUAG